AUGCCGUACCUCCUCCCAUCACUCGUCCUGCUGGUGCUCGUCACCGGCACGGUCCUCUACGUGACGCGCAACUCGUGGCUGCACCUGGUGCCCGAGUCCGUGGCGCACCCGGGCUCGUACCUGUACGCGCGGCUGCCGUCGACGUUUGCGGGCGACGUCGAGGCGGGCCUGAGCAGCGACACGUUUGACCUGGCGGGCAACAUUGCCGACGGCGACGCCCGCGCAGGGCUAGACGACGCCGCCAAGCGCGAGAUCCUUUCCAUCAUGAAGAAGCGCCGCAUGAAGUUUGACCAGGCCCGCAAGGUCUACAUGGAGCAGCGGUUCAGCGCCAAUGGCAUUGGGCCUGAUGGUCGCCCCAGAGAUCCCAAGUUUGUCAGCUUCUCGUAG